CAGGGGAAGUAAUUUUACAAAUUGCAAAUGAACCAGUCCUGCCCUUCAGUGCUCUUGAUAUAGCCUUAGGAGUCCAAAACAGCCUUAAAGGUGAUAAGCCCAGGGUCCCUCACCUGCUUGCCAUGGCAUCACAGUUGAGGGAAAGUGCUGAACUCUUCCAAUCAGAUGAGAUGCGACCGGCUAAUGACCCAAAGGAGAGAGCUCCCAGUCAUGUCCGAAUGCUGAAUGACAUCCUUCAAGACCUGGAGAAGAGCUUCCUUGUACAGCGGGUGCCACUGGGCUUUUAUAGAAAUAUCCUGUACCAUCUUGAUGAGAAGACAAGCCAGUUUUCUAUCCUCAAAGAGGCUUGGGAGCGCAGCAAUCCACAGUCAUCAAAUGAGACCUUGGAAGAGGCCCUGUCCAGCGUGCUGAGUAGCAUUAAUGCAGCACAGGGUUUCUUCAAAGCAGGACUGGAUGUAUUUGAAGGUGUCUUGAUUGGAAAGAACUGAAAAAAUGUUCAGCAUUUUUAAAUAUCUGUUUACAAUUGUA